AUGCUGGCCGCGCAGCCGCAAGCCACGACAGUGGCCUUCGAAGCGCACCUCCACUCCCUGACCGAGGCCCUGGACGUGCAGGUGGGCCUGGUGCGCAGCGCCCUCGACCUGCACCCGGCCUCUGCGCUCCUGGAGUUCCGGGCGGUGACGGACGGGGCCCUCGGCAAGCUGAGCGUCGCGAUCUGUGACCUCCGCUCCGAGCUGACCGUGGCCGCCACCGCCGCAGCCUCCGGGGAGUCCCCCGAGGCAGCGGCCGCGGUCGGGGUCCUCGCAGGCACGGCCAAGCCCGGCUCGGCCACCGUGGUGGCGUCGAUUGCGGGGUGCGUCGCGGGCAUCUGUCGCGAGCGCGCCUCGCAGCAUCCCUCCCCGGCCGAGGCGGGCUGCCACGCGCCCAGGCGUGUGCCGUGCAGGCGCAGCGUCCGCGUCAGCACCAGCAGCAGCGACACGCGUGUGUCGCAGCACCCGUCCCAAUCCGUGGCCAGCCUCAUCCCGAAGCAGGUGUCGCGCAGGCACAUCAGCAUCAGCCGCCGCAGCAGCGGCGGCACGGACGCGGCCAUGGGCGGGAGGUUCAUGCAGCCCAUCCCGUCAGGAGAAGAGCUGCACUUCGAGAACAAGUCGGUCAGCUCAGCGGCGUCGGACUUCGCCGACGGCGACGCCAGCAUGCAGGUGUUCGAGAAGCCGAUGUUCUCCCGCCAGUCGUCUAUGGAUGGCACCGCCCUGGCGUCGCGGUUGGGCAACGGGGUCGCGCAGACGUCCCCGUGCAUCCAGGGCGUGCUGAACCCCGACUGGCCCGUGAGGCUGGCGUGGGACCUCGCGGUGAUCUGCAUGGUUAUGUGCGACAGCGUGGUGAUCCCGUUUCAGCUGGCCGAGUUUCGGACUGCGCCAGGAUUCGAUGGGUUUUGGCUCUGGUUCACAGUCAUUCUCUUCUCCUGCGACGUCGUGCUGAACUUCUUCACCAGCUACAGGGCGGGUAAGAGGGACAAGGGCUGGCAGGAAGGAAGCCUCGUCACCGACAGGAUCAGCAUCGCGAUCAACUACCUUCGCGGAUGGUUCUGGAUCGAUUUUCUGAGUACUGUGCCGUGGACCGUAAUCGCCAAGGCCGUCAGUUCGAACAGCGAAGGGAGCUCGUCGUCGGCGGGCCAAGUAACGAAACUCGCAAAGGUUGUCAAACUGACGCGGCUCUUGAGGCUAAUGAGGAUGCUGCGCCUGUGCAAGCUGUCCAUUAUCUGGGAUCGCAUCGAGAGCCGAAUCGGGUCCAUCACCGCCCUGAACGUGGUGAGCAUGUUGAAGGUCCUUGGCACGUGGGCCGCCAUCUGCCACUGGGGCGCCUGCAUCUGGUGGAUGGUCGGCAAGAGGGACAGCCUGGUGAUGCUCCUCACGAUGCAGGACGGCGCAGCGGGAAUGCUUCACUGGACGGAGCUGCCGCGCAUGCACAGCCCGCACGACGAGGAGAUCGGACUGUGGACGUGGGUGGAGAGGCCCGCGUCGGAGCAGUACGUGUUCUGCUUCUACUGGAUCCUGGGAGUGAUGCGCACCAUGCCGGCCGAGGUCACGCCCAUCAACCUGACGGAGAGGGUGUUCGUGCUCGUCUUCAUGUUCUUCGCCGUCGCGGCCUUCGCCGUCAACGUCACCCGCAUCACGCAGGCCUGGUUCAGAUUCGGCUCGCGCAGGGACGCGUUCAAGGAGGAGAUGGCGUGCGUCCGCAUGCACCUGAGAACGAUCAAUUGCGGGGAGACGCUGCAGAAGCGCACGCAGGCGUACCUGAACCACCUCUUCGAGAAGAGGAAGAUACACGCCAAGGAGCUCGGGCUCUUGAGCGCUCUGCCCGAGGGGCUGAAGAAGAAGCUGAGCCACGCCCAAAAGAUCCACUUCCUCAGGAUGCUCCCGCCACUGAAGGACUGGGUCGACCCGGCCCUGAGGUACGUCUGCGACGCCACCGAGGCCCUGGACUACCUGCCUGGCGACAAGCUCACGGAGAAGGACAACGACGCCGUGGCCGCAUACGUGCUCAUGCGGGGCGGCCUGCAGGUCUACGACCCCUCCGACAAGAGACCCGGCGGCCGCAUCUCCCAGUUCUCCGUGAUGUCGGCCAUGUCGAACUGGAGCAUCGGCCCCCUGACGGUCGUGGACGAGCACUGCCUCUUCGAGAGAGGCGAGGCCGUGCGGAGCAAGGACACCGUGAUGGUGCUGGAGUGCUCGGAGGUGCUGCGCGUGGACCGGCAGAGGUUCCAGGAGGCGCUGGAGGAGCUUCGCGCCCCGCCGGGCCCCGCUGGGCAGGAGCCCCCGGCGGACGACCGCAGGAGCAGCUGCACGCCGAGACUCGACUCGCACGCGGAGCCGCCGCUGCCCAGGUAUGCCUCGGACGGCAGCCAGUCGCAGACGGAGGAGACCGCGAGCCGAGCGGAGGAGGAGACGCCGCCGAUCCGGCGGCUUCCCUCGCGGAUGUCCGUCCGCCCAGGCGGCGAGGACGGCAACGUCAGCGUGGGGGAGUCCGGGGCGCACCUGGAGAACAACAGCCGCGUGCUGCGCCUGGGAAGGAUGGGCGCGGGAGCCAUGGGCCAGGGGGCGUUCCAUCACACGGCGGCUGCAUCCCUGGCCGCAGGGUAG